AUGGAGAUGAGCGGAUGCGUGCACGGACUCGAGAGUGGAGGUAUGACGAGGCCAGUGGCUUGGGGAAGUCUUGGUGACUGGGGCAGAUAGCGAGGGCAGCGACUUGGAUGAGUGGUACCUAGUACCUACCACUCACUCGCAUUUUCAACAGCAACGAGACAUCGAUCCCUCUGCAACUCGAGUUUACCAGCAGCCCGGUCUUGUCUGGAUAGACCGUCCUUUGGCUCGUCAGUCAUAGACGUUAGCUGCGAGUCAUAGAGCAAAGGCCGAGCUUAUCCCCACAUCUUGCAGUAGAACAGGACAGCAGCAGUAGCUACCUCACAAGUGCCAUCACGGCAGCGAUCGCGUCCCAGACAGACCACAUGGUUUCCAGACGAUGAGCUCGCGUACCAGCUCGACGACGGCAUCCUCGUCGACCUUACGACCAAGAGCUCCACGCCUCAUCUCUGGCCUCGACGAUGAAGCCCCUCCUACCCUGACCCCCGUAGUACGCCAUGCCUCGCCGCUACCCUCUCCAUUCGACUCGCGCGAGCCCUCGCCCAUGCCGGCCACUCGCUUGCCGCGAACUGCCUCUUCACACGCUGUCCGUCCCGUGAAGAGCAUGAGCCGCUUGAACCCAGACCGCGCCCAGUCCCCUGCGACUCUGUCAGCCUUCUUCGGUGAAUCCUGGUCCGCUAUACAGGGCAUGGCCUCGGACCUUCUUACACCAUCUUCGGGACUUUCAAAGGCCGGCCCCUCACCGCGACGACGCAAGCCUUCCAUCAACUCAACCAACACACGGAAUACAAGUGCUCCGCCAAAGCAAUGGGGUGUGCCCACCGCCUCCUCUUCCGCCAUCGGUGCUGGCUCGUACGAAGAGAGGGAUGCUUUGAUGCGUGCGGAGAAGCGGAAGCAGCUUAUGAAUGCUACGCCUGAACACAACGCCAUUGCCCACUUCAAGCGCCGCUCUUCCGAGGAUGGUCCAUCUGCUUCGGCACCCCCUGACCAUGCUCAUGACAGAGAUGCUCUGGUCUAUGUUCACCAUGUUCAGCCCGACGACACGCUUGCUGGCAUCACUAUCAAGUACAACAUCCAUCCAUCAGCUCUGCGACGCGCCAACCGUAUGUGGCCUAAUGACCGCAUACAAGCUCGCAAGACCAUCUUGCUCCCCGUCGAUCAGUGCGCGGUGAAAGGCACUCGGCUCAAUGGUAGCGAGGACCUGUAUCAACUAACCCAGGAAAACAACCCCUUCCCAACAUCCAUAGAGGAAGUCAAAGCACCUGUACCUACGGGUAGGAAGAGGACCGAGUCUGUGUCCACGAACGGUGAUCGCCCGUCAUCUUCAUGUCGCUCGUCUCACGACCCGGAGGCAACUUGGGAGCAUGACGCAUGGGUGCUGCUACCGAACAGCAGACAGCCUACAGAGAUUGCUCGUUCGUCCCGUCGUAAUCUGGCCUUCUUUCCUCCCGCAAGGCGAAAAUCCCAGUCUUAUUCUGAUAUCGACACACCUUCUGCUUCUCUCGAUCUGAAUCGCUCCGUGAUACACGAGAAUCCUCUGGACUCUCCCAAGCAAGAGGCCCCACAGCGACCGCGCGGGAUCAGGAGAUCAUCCAACGCGAACAACGCCUAUUUUCCCAGCUAUCUCGCUGGACCGGGAGGCGUUGGCACAAUGGGCAAAAACGUAAAGUCCCCUGGCCCUGCUCAAGACGGUCUAAACAAGAUGUUUGCGAGCCACCUGCCCAACGUGGCCCCUCCACCGAACCAAUCAAAUCUCUAUCUCCCUGACAUUCCUACGUAUUCGGACGAGCCGACGCUCUUCACACCCGGCCUCACACAUGCACAAUCACCUUCGAUCAAUAUUGAAAAUGUAGGUGCAGCCGUCGAAGGAUGGAUGCGUAAGAUGGCUGCGAAGGCCAGCACAGGGGCUCCACCGUCACAAGAGCGUGGGAUGGCGAACAGAGGUGGCCCCAGUGGGAUUGGAGACUUGAUUGAAAUGGCAGAGUCUUUCGAGAUUGGCGAAGACGACGAGGACGAGGAACGGCACAGAGGUCGUCAAGGCUCAGAGAACAAUGGGCGUCCCGGCAUGAGUAGUAGUGCCUCGUUUGGACACGAAUCAAGGCUUAAGGAUAGAGCGAGAAACGGAACCAGUGCGGGCGCUGGCAAAAGGCAAAAGGACGAUUGAUCUUGACGUUUCAGGUUUGAGUAGUGUGAUAGCGCAAAGUCAAAUAGGCAACUUGACCAUGACUAGUUUUGGUGUGAUUG